AUGUCCAAUCGCUAUCGUGAUGACAGAAGUGGGGAGGUAGAGACAAGGAUACGUGAACGGCUCUUUGACACUGGCAUUGCUGGAUGCCGCGGGAUGCUUGCUGACUGUGAAGAGGACUUUGAUGCCUUCCUGGAGAUGUAUCGAUCGAGGGUUACCGCACGAGGCUCGCAUCGCGAGAGAGAUGAGAACUCGUCUUCAUCCUUCGAGAGGAAGUAUACUAUCAAUUUCUCAAUACCAGUGCUGCAAGGGGCCAGCCAACACUAUCACCGCUCCUCCAGAGAUGAUAUCUUCGAGGAUGCACUCCGCUUCUACACGGAUAUGAGAUUGAAGCAGAGCAAUCAGAAGUUACGAAGUUUAAUGAGCUCACGCACUGCUCUACCCAUAGCUAAGCAUCGCGAGCAAAUACUAGCCGCCCUGGAAUCCAGCCGGAUUGUACUGAUAGCAGGGGACACUGGUUGUGGUAAAUCUACACAAGUCCCUCAGUAUCUGCUGGAGGCCGAUCGAGAUAGCUCCAUAAUAUGUGAGCAUGCAGAAUCCCCUCAUAAGCUUAGUGACGGCCUCUCAGGUACACAGCCACGACGGCUUGCCGCGAUGUCGUUAUGUCGGAGAGUUCAAACUGAGCAACUGCAAGCGUGGGGUAGUCGAGUAGCGUAUCAGAUGCGGUUCGACAACACCAGAACUCGUCACACUAGGAUCCUUUUUGUUACCGAGGGCCUGUUACUGAGACUCCUCGAGUCGGAUGGUGAGCUUUCUGACUUCAAUGUAUUGUUGUUAGAUGAAGUCCACGAACGACACGCUCCAAUGGAUGUUAUCCUAUCCUACAUACCAGAGUUACUCCAGAAAAGGAACGAUUUGAAAAUAAUACUCAUGAGUGCAACUUUCGAUACGGAGCAUUUCCGUGAUCUCUUCAACCUCCCUGAGUCGGCAGUUAUCUCAGUCUGUGGCAGAAGCUACCCUGUCACUACCGAAGGCCGUACUUGGUAUGUCUCUCCAGUCCUCACUCUCUACUGGAUUCAUCCACAUCAUUCCUCAGAUUGUAGCCCAUAUCUAGCCUUACUGAAGAAGAUCCAGACGACUACACCCAAGAGCCAAAGUGGUGAUGCAUUGGUCUUCCUGAGUGGGGCACAAGAGAUUGAAUGCUUAUGCAAUGCUAUACGAGAUGAGCCCGAGAUCUCUCGUACGUGGAUACCUCUCCCUUUACAUGCACAGCUCCCCGUAGAGGAACAGGAUAAAGCAUUCGACAUAGCCCCUCGAGGUAUGCGUAAAUGUGUUAUCGCAACUAACGUAGCCGAGACGAGUAUCACAAUUGAUGGUAUACGCUUUGUGAUCGACAGUGGUAAAGUUAAAGAGAUGAGUGUAGAUGCAGGGAGCAGCACUAGACGAUUGGCAGAGCAAUGGAUAUCACAGGCUAGUGCUGAUCAACGGAAGGGCAGAGCUGGCCGCACGGGACCUGGACAAUGUUACAGGAUGUAUUCGGAAAAGCUUGGUCAGCACAUGCUGGCUUACACUCGCCCGGAAAUUACUCGUAACUUCGACUCUUUGGUCCAUAGUCUGUUGCAAUUGUUAGCUCUGGAUGUUGAUGUGUCAGGAGAGGACUUCAGGUUUCCAACGGACAUUCAGGAGGACUCUAUGAGAUUAGCGCGCAAUUACCUAUGUCUUGCUAGAGCAGCUACUAAGGACAGUAACUCUACAGCAUUACAUCUGACGUCGACUGGCAGAGUACUCUCUCGGCUACCCGUACCUAUCCCUGUUGGAAAUAUGCUCUUGAUGUCCAUGAUUCUCGGCUCGACGGCCAUGAGGGUGGCUACCAUCAUCGCGGCCUCCCUCAAUUUCCAUUCGCCAUUUCGCUAUGGGGAAUAUAGUGGCGAUGAGAGUGCCGAUCUGCUGAGCGACAGCGGCGAUCUAUUCACCUGUUUCAAUGUAUACACUGCAUGGCUGAAACGGCGAGUGCAGAGUAGGGAGGGAGCAAGACGAUGGGCACGUGAAAGAGGCAUUGAUGAGUCUAAGAUGUACGAUAUGAGCAAGUCAGCGCAACAGUUACAGGGUCAGUUGAGAGAGGGUCGAGGAGGGAGAGCCGCAGCAACAGAUAUGCAGAAGAGGAUGCAAACUGAUGCCAUGGCCCUGCUGGAGGGUAGACACGAAGGGAAGGGUAGUGAAGAGGAGUCAGCUGCCAACAUUGAUCCUCUUGCUGACAAGAAUAGACAGAGAUUACGAUCGGAGUUAGCAAAGCUGACGCGCAACAGCUUCACAGGGAUGAAAUUACUAUCGAUGUGCAUUGGUAAAGCCCUUUAUCCUAAUAUAUCGUACCCAGCCAAGAGCAACAGGACUGAAGGGACGGCCAAGGACUGCUUAUUUACUGUACUGGCUGGUAACCUCGCGGCGGACAGGUUUGCGUCGAUACAUCCUCAGAGCGUUCUCUAUCCCAUCGCUAACGAGAUAUCACCCGAGACGGAAUGCGUGGGCUUUUCCUCGCUUUUGCUAACGUAUCGUCCCUUCAUCGUUCAUUGCAUACGUCUACCACUGCUAUCUACUCUACUCUUUGCCGCAGCCAACGUGAAUACUAAUACCCAAUGCGACUCUCUGGUCAUCGACCAGCGACUCUACCUUACUACUCGGGGAUCCAUCGAGAAGUUGCUAGGUACAGCAAUAGUCGUACGUCAGUGGUUAGAGAGUCGUAUGGAUUUGGAAAUUUCGGCACUAUUCGAAGCUUUUGACUGGGGAGUUUGGGAACUCGCUGAGACAGAUAAGACUCUUCCAGACCAUCAGCCCUCAGCUGAAGGCAGUCCGAGAUUACCGGCUGAACUCAGUCGAGCUCGAGGAGAAUGUCAUCGUCAUACUGUUGAUAUGGAGGAGUUACAGUCUCGCAUGCUGCAGCUACAAGACCUGGCUGCUGCAGUCGAAUUUGAUUGGCAGAUCAUCAGUGAGGGCGAUGCUGCAAUACUGGCGCCCUCCCAACGAGGCGAGAGAGUAACAUCAUGGCUCACUUGGGGUAACGUGGAUGACACCCGUAUCGAUAUUAGCUCGGGUCAGGUUUCUGACUCUUUGAAGGUUGAUUGGAGAUGUCCAGAUUGUGGCUUCAAAGGCCGAUUGAACAGAAAAGAAAUAAGCGACCACAAGCGGCGCUUUUGUAACGGCAUGUCCCUAUAUGAUGGAGACGGUCCUGUCGUUGCAGUCGGUAACUCUUCGGAGGAUCUAACCGACGAGGUGAAGUAUGACGCUAAGUGUGAAGACUGCAGCCUUGAUCUUUCCAAGAUGGAUACGAUAGAAAUCCUCGAGCAUAAGAGAUCCCACGGUCGAGUUUGAUGACUCUUAAUUGC